AUGUCACAAUCCACUACUCUGGACGCCCACCUGCAGUCCCUUGUCGCUGGCCAUUCGAAUCGGACAGCGUUGAUUCAAGAAGUCAUUCCAGCACUGCUCCGCACAUUACCCGACAUUGCCCAAGCCCUCCGAACAACAUCAGUCUCGCAGGCCGGUAGUGCAAACUCCUUCGGCGACGAUCAACUCAACGUCGACGUGCUGGCCGAGAACCUCAUCCGCAAAGCAAUCGCCAAAGUCCCCUCGAUAGCCACAGCAAGCAGCGAAGAAGACCCGAUUGAAAAACCCGUGCACAAAACCCAACCCACUUCCGAAGAGCAGUAUACCAUCGCCUUCGACCCGCUAGACGGCAGCUCCAUCAUCGGCCCCAACUGGACCGUCGGCACCAUAAUCGGCAUCUGGGACGGCACCUCCGCCCUCUCCACCACCGAGGCGCCUCGCAAGAAGCAAAUCGCGUCCAUCCUCGGCGUUCUCGGUCCCCGCACGACUGCCGUCGUCGCCCUCCGCCUCCCCGGAACCCCAGGGACGUGUUUCGAAGCCAGCCUAGCAGACGGCGCAAUCAGCAUGACGCGACCCAGCGUGCAGCUCGCCACGGCGCCCAAAACAAAGUACUUCGCGCCGGCCAACCUGCGCGCCGCAUCCGAAAACACAAACUACCUAGCCCUCAUCACCCACUUCGUCUCCUCCAAGUACACGCUCCGCUACAGCGGCGGCCUGGUGCCGGACAUCUUCCACGCCCUCGUCAAGGGCCACGGCAUCUACACCAGCCCGGUCACAGACCAGAGUCCCGCCAAGCUGCGCAGGCUGUACGAGCUGGCGCCUAUCGCGCUGCUGGUCGAGUGCGCAGGCGGCGUUGCGCUGGAUGCGCGGGACGGAUCGCCUGUGCUGGAUACGCCCAUCCGCGAUACGGAAGAGCGGGGUGGCCUUGUGUGUGGGAACGCAGGGGAUGUUGAGUUUGUAAGGACUAGGUUGUUAGAUGCGUAG